AUGUACCUCGCAAGAACACUCCAAACAAGACUCCAAUACGCACGAUUAAAAGUCGAGCAUGGAUGGACGAAACAAACGCUGAACGAAGUCGAAAACCUCUAUUUUCAUCAUACACGAUCUAAGCUGCCCACCACCACCUCCCUCCAAGCAGCAGCAGCAGUAAAGCAAGAGAAAGAGCAAUCCAAGCUGUCUCUUCCUCUUCAAAGCCCCAUGGACACCCAGCCGUCAGCGACAGAACCUCUGGACCUGACAGCCCUCCAUCUCCCAGCCGAGAUAUGGCAUUCCCUACAAGGCGCCAUCUCCUCAGGCGCAUUUGGCCCACUCUCUCAAGCGCGCACUCCAACUCUCCCUACGCGCGCUUUCCCCGGGGGCAGCAUCCUCAGUCCACCCAGUGGUCAGCCUUCAGAACCCAGCACUCCUGUUCGUACAUCACACCAUUCACACUCCCGACCACCGGGUUCGUCGAGCCCAACCAAGCACUCACACGGAUCAUCGUCAGCCUCUUCGUACCCCUCUGUACUGAGCACUUCACCUGCACAUUCCAGGUCUGCGUUGGCGGGCGCGGGCGUGGGUGCGCAGGUCCUGACGUACGACACGUUUUGGAGCUCGCUUUCUGCGGGGAGUAAUUCGUUGGCUGGACUAGGAGCUGGAGCUGGAGGAUCAGUAGCAGGAAGGACAGGAGCAGGGAAGGAACUGCAAGGGCUGGGAAUAGCGGCCCUCUCCCCCGGGGCUGGAGGAGGGACCUGAGCGUAUUCCCGAGAGUAGCAGGAGAGCAUGAGGUGGUGCGAUGGUGUUGGUUUAGGAAAGCUCAGACUGCUGAGUAUGGCACUGUUAUGUGGGAGGAGGAGAAUGAGUUAGGAUCGGGCAUAGACGUUGGGACCGUGUUGAGAAGUGGUUGGGAUCUCAGAGAGGAGAAGAUGUGCAUACGCUUCGGGCAUUUCGUUCGCUCUUUUUCUAUGGGACUCGGUGCAUUCACGCUAUCUAGG